GGCCUGAAAACGCCUUUCGUUGGCUCGCUCAUCAUCAGUGUGCCCGUGCCAUCCGUCUCGACUCACGCUGAAAUUCGCCCUCAUUCUUCUCAGCAACGCGCCUGUGCGCUGGCCAGUUGUGCAACGCCCGGUAUAUAAAACACAUCCGACUUUUCGUGUUCAUCCUCAAUUAUACUUCAUUCGAGUUGUCUGCCAUCACACCACUCGCGCCCUCCCGGUUCACCUUCCACUCUGUUCUCUGUUCAGCUAGAGUCGCACCCUGCUCACAAUGUCAACCGCGACAGCUUCCAAUCUGACUGCCCCCACUCAGAGGCACGGCAAGGGCAGUGCCGCCAAAGGAAGCGUCGCUAUCGCCGCUCAGGCCAGAAAGGACGCUAGACAGUCUCAUCGUCAAGCUCUCUCGUACAAGCAAGAUGAGCUGAAGCAGUUCAAGGUGCCCAACCUCACGAUCAAGGACCUCUUGUCUGCCAUACCGGCACACUGCUUCGAGCGCAGUGCUUGGAAGUCCAGCAUGUACGUGCUCGCCGAUUUCAUACUUGUUGGCCUACUCGCGACUGCGGUCACCCUCGUAAAGCCUGCGGUGGCACAGCUUGAUCUGGCUUCUUCUCCUCUCACUCCCUACGUUUCCGCUGAAAAGCAAGCCAGCGCUCUUACGUGGGCAGGAUGGAGCGCCUACUGGGUGCUGCAGGGCAUGGUGUUCACCGGUAUCUGGGUCAUCGCUCACGAGUGCGGUCAUCAGAGCUACUCUGCCAGCAAGACGAUCAACAACACUGUUGGCUGGUUCCUACACAGCGCUUUGUUGGUCCCAUACCACUCUUGGCGCAUCUCACACGCCCGGCACCACGCCGCCACUGGUCACUUGACUCGUGACGAGGUGUUCGUUCCCCGCACUCGUGCUCAGAAGGGUCUUCUGCCUCUGAAAGCCGCCGCUGCACAGGACGCCGAGGACGAAACCCUUGUGGCGAAGCAACUCGAUGGUCUCGCUGCUACGGAGGACACGUCCAAGGAUCUCUCAGCAAAGCAGAACAAGCCCGAGUCUGAAGAGACAUGGGGCGAGUGGUUGGUCGAGACGCUUGAGGAUGCGCCUCUGUACAACUUCAUCUUUAUCGUUGUUCAACAGCUGCUUGGAUGGCCUCUGUAUCUCUUGCAAAACGCUUCUGGCCAGCUGCACUAUCCCAAGUCAGGCACCAACCAUUUCAACCCCGACGCCAUCAUCUUUGACGCUCGUCAUCGCUCUCAGAUUUUGAUCUCUGACUUGGGCAUUGCUCUGACUCUCUCUGCACUCGGCACCUGGACAUACUUCCGAGGUUUCGGGGAGGUCUUUGCAUACUAUGGCAUCCCCUACCUUUUCACUAACCACUGGUUGGUGAUGAUCACUUUCUUGCAACACACCGACCCUGUGGUUCCCCACUACUCAUCCGAAGCCUGGACCUUCCCUCGCGGAGCUCUCUGCACGGUGGACCGAAAGUGGCUCGGACCUGUCGGACCUUACCUCUUCCACGGAAUCGCCGAGACUCAUGUGCUUCACCACGUCUCCUCCAAGAUUCCUCACUAUCACGCCUGGGAGGCCACAGAGGCUCUCAAGGCACGUCUAGGAGAGCACUACCAGUCUUCGGACGAGAACGUCUUCAUCAGCUUGUGGAAGUCCAUCAGCCAGUGCAAAUAUGUGGAGGAGACCGAUGCGGUCGCUUUCUACAGGAACGCGAACGGUGUACCUCAAGCUUGCGUUGCCAAGGAGCACGCUGACAAUUCCGACUCAGGCAUGGCUCUGUCCGAGUGAUGCCAGCGCGACUUUGCGAAUGGUUUGAUCGUCGAGCGUCGAUCGCUGACGGCUUAGUCAACUCUUUGGCACCACGAAUUGUGGCCUCUUCAAAACUUUUAUAUCACGUACCAUAAAGCGUCAUCGUAACCAUCCAAAUCCACGCGCUCUUCUCUCCGUACUCUCCGUUCCGGAUGUUUUUCCGCCGCAGAAACAUCGUUCGGACACUGUCGAUGCAACGUCGUCUCCACUCGAGAUCUUAGUUACAUUCUGUGCAUACCAUAGAGAGAACUUUACAAGGCUUUUCCCAGUCGUAGUAGACGUCCGCAAUGCCACUUGGUCCAUUCUCAUCCUG